CAAUUUGCUUGUGGAAACGGAAGAUGUAUUCCAAUCGACUGGCGCUGUGACGGUACAGACGAUUGUAAGGAUAAUUCAGAUGAAACAAAUUGUGCUCAAGUUACCUGUCAUCCAAACAAUGAAUUUACAUGUAAUGAUGGAAAAUGCAUAACUACCUCAUGGGUAUGCGAUGGCCAAAAUGAUUGUAUUGACGGCUCCGAUGAAGGCUCUCACUGUCUAACCAAAACUUGCACUCCUGAUGAAUUUUCUUGCGGUAAUGGAGUUUGUAUUAAACGUGACUAUGUAUGCGAUCAAGUAGAUGAUUGUGGUAACUCAGCUGAUGAACGCAAUUGCACCAAGGUCGCAACUUGCUCUCCUCAACAAUUUACCUGUAAUAAUUCACAUUGUAUUAACAGCGCAUGGCGAUGUGAUAACGAUAACGAUUGCGGUGAUAAUUCUGAUGAAUGGAAUUGUCCAAAUAAGACAUGCGGUCCCGAGUUGUUUCAAUGCUCUUCUGGUGAUUGCAUCAAAAAAUCAUGGCUGUGCGAUGGUGAACGUGAUUGUACCGACGGAAGCGAUGAAAAAAAUUGUUCGACUAGUCGCCCGAAGCAUACUUGUAGAGCCGGUGAAUUUCAAUGUAAGAACUGGGAGUGUAUCAAGUCCGAAUGGAGGUGCGAUGGAUCAACCGAUUGUACAGAUGGCUCCGAUGAAUUAGGUUGCAAUAAGACGACUUGUAAAUCUGGCCAAUUUCGUUGUAGUGCGCACAUUUGUAUAGAUGCGCACAAUGUGUGUGAUGGUAUAAGUGAUUGUGCUAACUCUCGAGAUGAGCAAAAUUGUACUACUCCAACUCCGCCAAACUUGACAUGUAAUUCUAGUCAAUUUACAUGCCAUACGAAUAAAUCUUGCAUUUCAAUGAAAUUAGUAUGUAAUGGAAAAUUCGAUUGUGAAGAUAAAUCCGAUGAACCGGCAACUUGUAAUAUUAACGAAUGUAGUGAAUACAACGGACAUUGCUCGCAAAAUUGUGUGAAUACCAAAGUUGGUUAUUACUGUGCAUGUAACCCUGGUUAUACCUUGGAUACUGAUGGCAGAACGUGCCUUGAUAUUAACGAAUGUAAUAUUUCCAAUCCUUGUAGUCAGAUGUGCGAGAAUACAAAAGGAAGUUAUAAAUGCACUUGUGCAGACGGCUAUAGAUUAGAUGCUGACUUUAAAUCCUGCAAAGCAUUAGGUCCAGAACCAGUGCUAUUUUUUGCAAAUCGUCGAGAUAUUCAUAGAUUCACUAUCAAAGGAUCAAGAUAUAAUGACGUGAUGAAGGGUUUAAAAGGAGCUAUUGGUAUUGAUGUCCACGUAAGAAAGCGAUUACUGUUUUGGACGGAUAUUGUUUCGGAAAAAAUUGGUCGAGUAACUCUUCAUAGCAAUGGUACUGUAGCUGGUAAAAAUAAGUAUAUAAUUAGCGAUGGUGUUUUAUCACCUGAGUGUGUCGCUGUUGAUUGGAUACAUGAUACUAUCUACUGGACUGAUACUGGAUUGGAUGCAAUUAAAAUGAGUGAUUUAGAUGGUCGAUAUGUGAAAACCAUUAUUAGUAACAUAGCUGAUCCAAGAGGCUUGGCGGUCGAUCCAGUCGAUGGUUACAUUUAUUUUACGGAUUGGGGCUCAAGCGCUAAAAUUGAACGAGCGAAACUAGAUGGUACGCAGCGUCAAAUCUUAGUUAGUACGAACGUUGAAUGGCCUAAUGGUCUUACCAUUGAUUACCCUCAACGUAAAAUGUACUGGGUAGAUGGUAAACAUCAUCAUAUCGAAAGUGCUAACUUAGAUGGUUCAGGCAGAAGAGUUAUUCUCUCUAAGGGUAUACCACAUCCAUUUUCUAUUACUGUAUUCGAAAAUUCCGUUUAUUGGACUGAUUGGGAAAGUAAGACUGUCGAAACAGCGAAUAAACUUACCGGAGCAAACAGAAGUGUGCUAUUGUCUGACUUAUAUGCACCUAUGGGGAUUACAACAUUCCAAUUGCAAAGGCAACCAAGACAUUAUGAUGCCUGUCACCUGAAUAAAGGUGGUUGCAGUCAAAUUUGCGUUAAAACCGGUGAUUACAAACGUACUUGUCUUUGCAAAGAUGGUUGGCAAUUAGAUUCUGAUGGGACUGGAUGUGUAUUACUUCCAAGUAAGAUUAACAUUGAUUGUUAA